AUGUCGUACUAUGACGUUGAUUCCAUAUUGACCGAUGCGCAGAAACUGCCCUGCACAUUCGAGCUCGAGGUGCCAGGUCUAGGUAUUCUCGAAGGCAACCCGGGUGAAGAUAUUAAACCGGGGACCCGCAUCGAUCUUCCAUUAUGGUUGGGUGAGAUGCUUUCCAUCGGAGCACGACUGGGGACGUCCCGUCUGGUGACCCUCGACAUGCCGCCUGCGCUGUCGGAGCGAGUGAUGAAUGCACUGAAAGCAGACCCUCGAACCGUUGACCUGCGUGCCUUGGCACCCCACUUCUACAGCCUGAGCGAACGGAUUCUGGAACUAUUCGAAGAAGAGGAGAUGGUUGACGUGUUGACCGAGACCUUUAAGAGGCGGGCGGCCGAAAUCUCCGACCAUGCCCAUAACCCGCGUGGCGCCGUUGGUGAUGGAGUGGAUUUCCUCCGCGGGCUGGACGAGACGGAACGUCAGCUGUUCCGAGCGGCUCACGACCGGGCGAAAGAGAUGCGAGUGUGGUCUGGGGAGGCGAAGAAGAAAUGA